UAUUGACCAGCUUACUGGUAGGUAGCUUUUCUUAUUUUGGUGGCGGGUAAAGUCGCUUAAAUUUAAGUAUUUGCAAAUUGCAACGCCAUUAGUCUUUGCUUAUAAAAAUUAAUCACUUCUUCUUGACCCCAAAAUCUCUCUCGCGCACCUUCAAACUGUCAUCAGAACGUGGACAGUGGACUUAGAGCGCUCCUUUCGUUUUGACUCGAGUAGUAAUUCAAGCGAGAAAGGGAAGGAAAGUGUGCAAGAUUUAUAUUUGAGGAAAUGGCCGUGGGUUUCGCCGUUGACGGGCCUCUGGCUGUCACUGGCGUCGAGGGCAAGAUAACGGCUUCCGUCGUGAUCACGUGCAUCGUCGCUGCGUCUUGCGGCCUCAUAUUUGGUUAUGACAUCGGAAUUUCAGGAGGAGUGACAACAAUGCCAUCAUUUCUGAAUAAAUUUUUUCCAUCAGUGCUGAGAAAGGAAGCAGGAAGGCCCCCCAAAAACAUAUAUUGUGUGUACGAUAGUCAGGUUUUGACGUCCUUCACAUCCUCUCUCUACAUAGCGGGUUUGGCUGCCUCACUUGUAGCCAGCCGUCUGGCCAGGAUAGUGGGCCGAAGGAAUGUCAUGGUGCUGGGUGGGUGUACCUUCUUUGCUGGGUCUGCUAUCAAUGGUGGGGCUGUCAAUGUUGCCAUGCUUAUCUUGGGCCGUAUCUUGCUUGGAUUUGGUGUUGGGUUCACAAACCAAUCUGCACCAAUCUACCUCUCAGAGAUCGCACCACCCAAGUGGCGCGGCGCAUUCAGCACAGGCUUCCAGUUCUGCAUCGGAAUCGGGGUGGUGGCCUCCAACUGCAUAAACUACGCCACCUCGAAUCACAGCUGGGGCUGGCGCCUCUCCCUCGGCCUAGCCAUAGUCCCAGCCACCAUCAUGACCACCGGCGCCCUCUUCAUCUCAGACUCACCCACAAGCUUAGUACAACGCAACAGACUAGACCAAGCCAGAAAAUCUCUCAUCAAAAUCCGAGGCAAGGAGGAUAUCGAAGCAGAACUUGCCCAGCUCGUUAAGGCCAGCGAGAUCGCCAAAGCUCUCAACGAGGAGCCAUUUGUGACCAUAUUUCAGAGGCAGUACAGGCCUCAGCUUGUGAUCGGGGCCAUUGCCGUGCCCUUUUUUCAGCAGGUCACUGGCAUUAAUAUCAUUGCUUUCUAUGCGCCUGUGUUGUUUCAGUCUGUAGGGUUUGGCAACGACUCUGCUCUCAUUGCGUCUAUUAUUCUUGGGUUGGUUAAUCUUGGCUCGAUCCUUGUGUCGACGUACAUGGUUGAUCGUCAUGGCCGGAGGUUUUUGUUCAUGGAGGGUGGCAUCCAAAUGGUCAUCUGUCAGGUUGCGGUGGCUAUUGUUCUAGCAGCUACAACAGGUACCGAUGGCAACGGGCACAUCUCAAAGGGCUAUGCCAUACUAGUUCUGGUCUUGAUGUGUUUAUAUGCUGCUGGUUUUGGUUGGUCAUGGGGUCCUUUGAGUUGGCUUAUACCAAGUGAGAUUUUCCCCAUGAAAAUUCGACCCACAGGCCAAAGCAUGGGGCUUGCUGUCAACUUUGGUGUUACAUUUGUGCUAUCCCAAACCUUUUUGUCCAUGCUAUGCCAUUUAAAAUAUGCCACAUUCUUGUUCUACGGCGGUUGGAUUCUGGCAAUGACCGUCUUCGUCGUGCUUUUCUUGCCAGAGACGAAAGGAAUCCCAUUGGAUCAAGUGCAUACGGUGUGGGUGAAGCAUUGGUACUGGCGUCGAUUUGUUCAAGGUGACCUUAAGGAUACCAUUGAUGAAAAAGAGUAAUGAUAGGGAUGUCAAAACAAAUCCCAAAAUUUCAUAUCCCAAAUGAUGGUAGUGUUUCAUUUAUUCAUAUAUGGUGUCACUUUAAACUUUAUUGUUUCUAGUAGGUAAGAUAUUGGCAUGCCAUAUAUCUAUUUGGCGACUUAAAUUUGGGACAGUUUUUGAUGACUCUAGUAUUAUUAUAAUGUAUGAGAUUGUACAUG